AAUCGAGACGUUAGCUCUGACAGCAGGCUGCAGCUGACAGCCAGCGUGCGGGAGCGAGUGUGAUAAAAAAAUAUCUCGGAUUAUUCUAGUCGUUUGAAAAGGAAGGAGGAAUAUACGUGCAGAAUCCGCAAGAAAAACACGGCGUUGGCUGACGGUGUGUAGUGUAGGCAGUAUCUAAGCGCGGUGGUAGCAAGACAGUGCAUGCAUCGGAAAAAUGUCCAGCGAAACAGACAGCAGCAGUGAAAGAACUUGACCUAAUUCGAAUGCACUAACCACACACGGCCGCCGGGUUACACCGAAACACGCCAAAACGCAGCCCCUGUCCGUGUUUAGCGAUUCCUUGACCAUAGUAAUCGCGCGCAGUGCACGCACAAAUCACGGAACACGAGCGUGCAGUGGUCAACGGCGGAGUCAAAUUAGUGAUCGGAAAGCACCGAUCCGUUGGAACAACUGUAGCUCAUUUGGCAGCAGAAGUGCUCACCAGUCGCGUAGUAAGGAUCCUCGGAAGCAAAAGCACGGCACGGACCGGCUUUUGAGUGCGAGAAAGCGUCAUGUCCGAGCUAGCGGUCGAAACUAAACGAUUAAGUCCCAUCGACGAGCUGAUAUCUCCAACCGUGCGAGUAAUCCGCGAGGUGUACGAGGGUGAGAAUGCACACGAAAUGUUCCAGUCCGACCUUAACAAGGCACUGUUCGAUAAGGUGCGCUUCAUCGUCAUCGAACCGACACGGCUCGGCGAGGAAACGGAACGGUGGAUCGCGGUCGGCAACUGUCUGCACAAAACCUCCCUAAUCAGUAGUGCCGCAUCGAUAGCAGUUAGUCUCAUCUGGAGGGAAAAGCUCACCAUCUACAGUGCUUCCUUCUGUGCCGUGUCGAUGUUCUGCACCAGCCUGUACGCCAUCUGCUGGACCUGCGAUCCGUGUGUGGAGUAUCAGGUGGAGCGAAAACAGAGAAACCUCAUGAAAAUCCCCGUCCCGGAAGGUGCAUCCUCGCCGGUGGUACUGGUACACACCGGGAACCGGUUCGCCACCUACAGCCACCGAAUAAUGACCACCCUGGCAGCAUCCGUGUGCGUGUGGACCGUGUACAGGGCACUAAAGUAGAGCGCGCCAAACCAAAUCCUUCUGCAAGCUAAAACCCACACACACCCACUGUGCACCACAGCGAUCCUAGGUUGGAUAAUCGUAAAAUCACUGCCUUAUGCAGCCAGAAGGGAACAACGUGUGGGAAGGAAGAAAGCAUCCAACCCAGCCCGAACGCGUGAUGUUCUUCCGCGGGGUUGCUCAAAAUAGUAAGCACUGGGAAAAACAAGGGAAAAGAAAAGGAUAAUUAAUUAACGCGGACAAGGCACCGAGAGGGCACUGCUACUGGGGCGAGGCUUGUGACUGAUAUUAUGUGUAAUGCUGCAGGCUAUCCUCUUCCUACCGAUAUCACUUGAUAAUCUCGAUUUGCUCUUCUUGCCAGAAGGGUUAGACCUUAGAAGAAGAUGAAGGUUCGAUCAUAGAUCAUCGUCGUGGUGCGCUACCAUGAUGCGCUGUUGCUAGGAAACGAACCGUCAAUCAGGUUUGUUUAUGUUGAGAGAGAAAGCGAGAGAGAGAGAGAGAGAGUAACAAAACACUUGCAUUUUCACUCUUUUCUGUUCAAUAACUGUGUUGUAAUAUCGGCGGGCCAGAGCCAGCCAUUUAUCGUCAAGUCCGGUCAUCUACAAUUUGUUAGCAAUAAUCGUGCUAUCAACCCGCAUCGAUUAACGUCAGUAUGGACCUCAGCAGACACGGGGUCUAAGUGUGAACCAACUUCUGAACACGAAGAAAGUUGUUCUAUUAAGCAAUUUUCAGGCUGACCGUAAUAUGGGCGAAGAACUGUGUAAAGAAAAUUUGGAAUUAGUAUCGUUUGGAUGUUAACUGCUGCUGUUUGUUCUCUCCUGUUUGUUUUUAAAUCCUUUUUUUUAGUUCUUGUUUAUAUCUCAAACAUCUUUUCGGUUGCUUUAAAAACUCAAAGCAAAGAAGCGAAAGGCGUUUAGGAACGUUUAAUAGGGCAAAGUAAUCCCAAAAACAGAAGACGCUUUUAUUGUGACGACUGUGAGGAAAGGAAAAGAAGAAAACAGGAAAAAGGCUGAUUAGAAGUGAAAGGUUUGCACAUACACACACGCGCGCACGAUUAAAAGGUGUAGAGUCGUGUGUAUAAGAGUAGGAAGCAAUUUCCGUAGUAGUAGCUGCGCAUUUAAGAUGAUAAGGGAAAAGGGAGCCAAAUAGUAAUUAGUAUUACCCCGGACGCAAACGACAAUUGUUUUACAGCACACAAAACAUAGAGAGAGCGAGAGAGAGAGAGAGAAAAAAAGAAGGCAAAGAAGCGCUGGUGUGUUGUUUGGAGUAAGAUGGAAAGAAUCGGUGAAAAUGCGUACAAGCGAAUGGAACGAAUUGUUAUUGCAUGAGCGAUUAAGAAAAUGCAUUUUAAGUGCAUUUUAAGUUUCUAUUUUUUUGAUUAAGUUUGCCGUUCGUUGUUUCCACCCACAGUUUGUGGCACCCUGAAAGCUCGUUAGCGGCGGCAUUUUAGUCACAUCGCACUUCAGAGUGCCAGUACUCGCAGCGACAAGUGUGCGUAUAAGAUCCUCCUUCCAUUUGGCCAGCAGCAAACACACACACACACAAGAAGACAAAGCGGCGGGUUUUCCUCCACACUCUCGAGAGGACAAUAACCGGGGAAGGGACUGGAGUAGUAGUAAUCGUUUCCCACAUACAACCGUCGCAAGAAAAUGUGCACGUUCUAGAGAUGUAAAGGAGCAAUAGAGCUUGUUGAAGGUGUGAGUGAGUGAGUGAGAAGGAAUUGUUGAACAUAAGCGUGUGUGUGAAAAACACACACACACACACAACUCGAACGAAAGGUUAAAAGAGAGGGACGAUGAAUAGAGGAAUGGAGCGAAGGUAAUUUAGCGAGCGCAACUGUUGUAACAUAGCGUUAUUCUCAUGCUGUACAUAGCGACGACUGUAAGUUAGAGCCGUAUGAGAAAUGGUUAAAAAGUUUAGUUUUCAAUAAAAAAAAGACGAAAGACACGAACCGGA